UUCUGAGCUAUGAUGCUCUUUCCAGUUCUUUAUAUUUUAUUUGCAUUUUCUGUAACAAAUGGAUAUCUGGAAGAUUCAUGGGCAAUGUUCUCUUCAGAACGGCCUGUUGGUCCAAAAUGCGUUGAUAUUCCGAGCAAUUUGAGUAUAUGCAACGGAAUUGAGUACACCCAAAUGCGUCUUCCCAAUAUCUUGGAGCAUGAAACAGUUUCGGAAGCAAUUCAUGCAUCAAAAGAUUGGGAAAGUCUUCUUCGUCUUAACUGCCACCCAGAUACACAGAGAUUUUUAUGUUCAUUAUUUGCACCAGUAUGUCUAAUGCAAAUGGACAGAUUGAUUCUACCAUGCAAGAGUCUGUGUAUGGCUGUUAAACAGGGAUGCGAGAAUCGAAUGGCGAAUUACGGUUUCCCAUGGCCUGAAAUGCUUUCUUGUGAAAAGUUUGAAGACGAUGAUAUGUGUAUAAAACCAAUGCAGCCCGCUAAACCACCAGCAGGUAGCUCCACAACGUGCACGGCCUGCUCACAAGUCGCCACCUACGAGAAUCUUGUCGAUCAAUUUUGUAGAUCGCAUUUGGUGUUAAAAGCAAAAGUAAUUCGUGAUUCACCAACACACAUUCGUGUUCGAAACGGAAGAAGUUUGAAAAAAGGAGAACGAAGGAGAGGUGUUUCUGAUGUUGAAAUUCGUCUUUCCUCUGAAUCAGAUGGCUCAUGUCCGUGCAAUAUCCCAGUAAAGAAUCAAAAUGAGAAGCUGUUAGUAAUGGCAAGUCGGCAACCAGAUGGAAAAUAUUUGGCAAAUUUAGUAUUGCCGUGGCAAAAAGAAAAAAAUUUCAAGCGUGCAAUCCACCAGUUCCAGCGACUAAACUGCCAGUCUUUAGGCCGUGAAAUCCGUGAAUCGGCUUCCCGGCGUCCACAUUAUUACGAAAUGAGACGUCAUAAUACGGGAAGAUACCAGAUGUUUUGAUCGAUUAAACAUGAUGAAAUUAAUUUUAUAUGUUCAAUAAUUCCUUUUUUCUUCCAAUCUUCUUCCAAUACUCAAUUUAAUUUGCUUCAUUCUGAAAAACUGCGCACAGUACACUGGUUUCUUGAUUCCGUCAUUUUGUUAACUGAAUAAAUAUUAAUAACAUAUUUUAAA